CUACAGUGCUCGGGAAUGACUUCAGUUCUUGAGCUCAUGCAGCAAGGUUUUCCAUCUCGUGCACCAUUCCAUGACCUGUAUAAGUAUAAGAAGUAUCUUCCAGCAGAACUUGCACGCCUAGAUCCACGUCUUUUCUGCAAAUCACUUUUUAAGGCCCUUGGUUUAGAUGAUCGGGACUUCAAGUUUGGUAUGACUAAAGUCUUCUUCCGACCGGGUAAAUUUGCUGAAUUUGAUCAGUUGAUGAAGAGUGAUCCAGAAAAUCUAAGGAUGCUGGUGUCCAAAGUCAAGACAUGGUUGAUGCAGAGCAGAUGGAAGAAGGCCCAGUGGUGUGCUCUGUCCGUUAUUAAAUUGAAGAACAAGAUUCUGUAUCGUCGUGACCAGCUCAUCAUCAUCCAGAAGAAUGUAAGAAUGUACAAUGCAAAGAAAAGAUAUCGCCCUCGUUAUAUGGGAGUGCUUAAGAUCAAGGGCUUGCAGGGUCAGCUUACACAGAUGUUGGGCAUAGUGAAUCAGCUGAAGAAGGAAAGAGAGUCCUCAUUAGCUUCUGUCAACAAAAUUCAAGCAUCCAUGGAUUCAGUAAUAAAGAAAAUCAGGACCACAUCCAUGACAAGACAGCAAAUAGAUCACGAGUAUAAUACUUUGGUAAAUUCGAUGAAUAGUGAGCUGGCUAUCUUGCACAAGAAACUCACACAACAGAAGAAUGCAGAGGAGCAGGAGAGGUUACGAAAAAUUCAGGAAGAGAUGGAGAGAGAACGGCAGAAGAAGGAAGAGGAAGAAAGGAGGAGAAGAGAGGAUGAGGAGAUCAGAAAGAAGAAAUCAGAAAUGGAGCUGCGCAGGAAACAAGAGGAGGAAAUUCGGCGUAAACAAGAGGAGGAGGAUCGUAAGGCCGCUGAAAUGUUGCAGGUUCAACUGGAGAAGGAAGCAAGAGAGACUGAGCAUCUUGCCCAGUUAGAAGAGCAAGAGAGGAGGGAUCAUGAACUUGCACUUCGUCUAGCAAAUGAAACAAAUUCUGCUGUGGAUGACAUCACUCCUUCUCUUAAAAGCCCUGUUAAUGGAGAUAGCAGCGAAUUAUUGAAGUUGAAAAGAUCUACCAUGGUAGAGAAGCAACGGCAGGCUGCAGCCAACAAGAAACACGAUCUCAGCAAGUGGAAAUAUGCAGAACUCAGAGAUACAAUUAAUACAUCCUGUGAUCUUGAAUUAUUAGAGGCAUGUCGUGAAGAAGAAUUCCAUCGACGAUUGAAGGUUUACCACGCAUGGAAAGCAAAGAACAAGAAGCGCACUACCAUGGAGGAGAAUCAGCGUGCUCCAAAAUCUGUACUAGAUGCUGCAUACAGUAUGACCUACGUGACAGAGUCUGGCCAAGUCUGUCGAGUUGUUGGUUAUAUACCAAAAGCAAAGUCCAUGCCACCUCGAGUAACUCCGAAACCUGCAGGUCCAGCAAAUAAUGAUGCUCAGCGCUUCUUUAGAAUUCCUUUCGUAAGACCAAGUGACCAGCACCGAGGUGAUCAGCAACAGAAGGGCUGGUGGUAUGCUCAUUUCGAUGGGGAUUGGAUUGCCAGGCAGAUGGAGCUCCAUCCAGAUAAGCCUCCAAUACUCCUUAUUGCAGGUCGUGAUGACAUGCAGAUGUGUGAACUUAGUUUAGAAGAGACUGGACUUACUAGGAAACGUGGUGCUGAAAUUCUUGACCAAGAGUUUGAGAAGGAAUGGUCACGUCAUGGUGGUAAGCCAUACCAGCGGGCAAACAAUAGGCGACGUUGAAAAUAAGUAGAUUCCCAUAUUAAUAAAAUUAACUGUAAAUUUUCCAAAAUGGUUAACUGUAAAUUUUAUCUUUUUGGAAGAUGGAGAUAUAUAAAAUUGUUGUGUGAUUCAUUGAUAUAGACUAUAUUGGGACAUUUUAAAUUGUUAUCUCAACGAAUGUAGUUUGAAAAUGCAUGAAACAUUUUUUUUAUUAUUAUUUUAAUGAUUAGCCAUCAGUCUGGGCAUUUUAAAAGAAAACUUUUUAUUGAAGCAAUUCAUAUUAGAAUUACUCGAGUUUUGCUAGUCAACACAAAUUGAUCCCUCCAGAAAUCUAUGUCAGUUGUGAUUCAGUGAAUAGGAAUUUUCCUAAGUUUAAUUUUGUACUCUUCAUAAGGAAAUUGUC